GAACUUUCAAAAUGUCGUCUGAACCGAAGCAGAGUGGUGGUCCAUCGUUGAAGUAAUUUUGAUUUUCCCUGCGUCAAACUUUUAUAACCCCUCCUCUCCCAAACUAAGGAGUUUAAUGGAAAUAUUUUGAACUGGAGUUUUGUUUGUAACGUAUCGAGCCCCGCCGUUAGUCUGUUUGCGUAAAGCUCAAACUGAUUACGGAAUGAGUCUUUACGUCACUGUCACGGUCACGAUUGUUUUUGCAUAUUUUUUGGAGUAGUCCAAGAAGAAGUGCUACCGGAUCAAGGUUCGCAGGUGUCCACUAGCGUGAACAUCUCUCCUGUCUCACAAUGUCAUUGCGCCACAUAUCUUCUGCAUUUUCAAGGAGGAUAAAUUAUGCUGGAGCGUGUUGUCUACCCAAGAAAUUUGCUCGGCAAUAUGGUCAACCAGCUGCCAUUGGACGAUAUGAUGAGGAAAGUGCCAAAUUCCCAGGCGCGAGGGCAAAUUAUACUAACUCUUUGGAGUUAGUACACCCAGAGUCAAGAGAACCUUUUGCUGUAUACAGGGUCAUGGAUCGUGACGGCCAAGUUUUGAAUGCAGAGGAAGAACCGAAGCUUGAUCAAGGAUUUGUCCAAAAGAUGUAUAAAGAUAUGACUAUGUUAAACACAAUGGAUCGUAUUUUGUAUGAGUCUCAAAGACAAGGCCGCAUAUCAUUCUACAUGACCAACUAUGGUGAAGAAGGGACUCAUAUUGGAAGUGCUGCUGCAUUGAAACCAGAUGACCUAGUCUAUGGACAGUAUCGAGAAGCAGGUGUCCUCCUAUGGCGAGGAUUUACCUUAGAAGAGUUUAUGAAUCAAUGUUAUGGUAAUUGUGAAGAUGAGGGGAAAGGAAGGCAGAUGCCGGUCCACUAUGGUUCUAAGAAACUUAAUUUUGUCACAAUUUCAUCUCCUCUCUCUACUCAAAUGCCUCAAGCUGUUGGAUCAGCCUAUGCAAUGAAACGAUCUGGAAGUGGUAAUUGUGUUAUUGUGUACUUUGGUGAUGGGGCUGCCAGUGAAGGUGAUGCCCAUGUAGCUUUUAACUUUGCUGCAACUCUGGAGUGUCCAGUAGUUUUCUUCUGCCGGAACAAUGGAUUUGCAAUUUCCACUCCAACUCACGAGCAGUAUAGAGGAGAUGCUGUAGCAGGACGUGGCCCUGCAUUUGGCAUAACUGCUGUUCGUGUAGAUGGCAAUGAUGUGUUUGCUGUCUACAAUGCCACUAAAGCUGCUUGCAAUUUAGCUAUUCAAGAAAACAAACCAGUUAUCAUUGAAGCUAUGACCUACAGGGUGGGUCAUCACAGCACAUCUGAUGAUAGCUCUGCAUAUCGCUCUAUGGAGGAAGUUAACUUGUGGGACUCAACUGAUCAGCCCAUUGCUCGCCUUCGCAAAUACAUGGAACAGAAAGGAUGGUGGAAUGAAUCGCAGGAAAAUGAAUGGAAAGAAAGUACACGUAAACAGGUUCUGAAGGCCUUCGCAGAAGCUGAGAAACGUCCCAAGCCCAACUGGAAAGAAAUGUUUCAUGAUGUCUACCAAGAUAUGCCAUCUCACCUAAGAUCCCAGAUGAAAGAAAUGGAAGAUCAUGUUGCAAAGUACAAGGACCAUUACCCUCUAUCUUCUUACAAGUCAUAAAACAAUUUUAAGUAUCAAACAAUCUCACCGUUCCACUACUUAAAAGUGAUACCCUGCACUUUAGACUGUCACAUUAAUUGUAUUCCCAAAAAUAUUUCUUUUCAAACAACAAAGACUGGAUUUAUACCUCCUUAUACCUCCAAAGUACAAAAUAUUGCCACUUUACUUUUUAAGAACGUGAACAAAAAACUAUUGUUAGCAUAAAUUGUUAGUGUAAUUAUAUUGAUUAAUUCUACUGUAUCAAAUGUAAAAUUUGCUCAAAUUUUUAUUGAAGAGUCUGAGUUUGUUAUUUUAUUACUUGUUGUGAAUGUUAUCAUAAAUGUUGAUUCUAAGUUAA